AUGGACCUUUUCAACUUCCAGCACCGCAAUAACAGUCAAGGUAUGACAAACUACCACAUUGUCGCCUUCAAGUUCAAGGACCCUAUGGGGAUUGAAGUUAAUGGUGAAAUUGCAGCUGUCGCUCUCGUUCCGACGUUCUGCAGCGGAAACAAAGCAGGUUGGCAGAACUGGUGCUUCUACCAUAUUGAGCAGAACGAGCCGCUCGUCGUCGAUUGUGUCGCCCGAGAAGUUCCCGACAAGUAUGACGAUUUCAUUCGCAGCAUGAAGGAAACUUGGUGGGAUGAGCAGUACCUCAUGUAUGCUUCGGGAACCCGUGUUCUGCUCCUAGCCGAGCAUGUUGCACUCUUCAAAGAGCUGCUCACCAACGUCAAACCUCUCUGGGACGAAUUUGCUAUUCGUCUGGCAGAGCUGCCGAUUAGGGUGACUCUGUUCAACCCGAAUUACUUUGGCAGCUGGGUUGGUCAGGUAGUGGCCAAGAUGGAGCAGCGUGCUUUUCCCUACGUCUUCCACUGGAAACCGCUGGCCCAAAUUCAGGGAUUGAACGUAAGGGACGAGAUAAUUCUACUAGACCCGCCGCAAGAAGGGGAGGAUGACGGCUUCUACACGCGUUUGGCCAACCCAGAUGCUCUAAGCGAUUUCGAAGACGAUGGCGACAUGUUCAACUAUUGACGCAGUGCCGCGUCGGCAACAUCAGCCCUUUCUUUAUGACUGUACGUAAACCGGAUUCCACUACUACCUCGAUUGUUGUUGACCAAAUAAGGAAAUUUGGUUUGAUCGUUGCCUUUGCAGGCCUUGCGACUGCUCAAAAAUCGGGUUGGAGGCACGGGUUGAUGACUAUGGUUGAUACGCAUUCUGGCUAGGAAUCAUAUCCGCUGGAGUUCGAUUUGGG